AUACUCACACUGCUACAUACAAACUGCUAGCGCUAACAGGCAGACUGUCAAGAAAUUUUAACCAGCUCAGUGAACUAACUUAACUAACCAAGCAACCAACCAACGAAACCAAACAUUGAGCAAAUAAUAAAUACUACAUUCAAACAGCAAGCAAGAAAGAAAGACAUCUAACAGCUGUGUUAUUUUUUCCUGACAUCAGUAAGCGUUCGAACGUGAAUGGAAGUUAAAGCUCUGUGCGCGCUAAAAAAUCGAAUGAAUAUUUUUUUAAUUUUUAUUACUUUUUAAAAAGUCAUUCGUUGUACUGUGACGAGACAGCUCCUUCCAUUAAUCAAGCACGUCUGCUCCUUCUCCUACUGCUAUAGCAAGCAUAUCACAUUGCAAGUCGUCAGUCAGUCAAAUGCACUCACGUAGAAAUUGCAGCCAGACAAACGUAAUAAUGAACUUUACUACAUUUUCUUAAAUAAAUAAUAAAACCGGGAACUGCUACAUGACGAUAAAAAUAAAAACAAAUAAAAAAUAUUUCAUAAUUUUUUAAAUUGCCAUUAAACCAAUAAAAAAAUCGCUCUACUUAAAGUAACGAGCAAAAAAUUAACUGAAACAAAACAGAAGUGAAGCUAAAAUCUGUCAAGUGUCAAAUGCAAAUUACAAACAUAAUUUUAAAGAAUUAAAUAAAAAUUCAAAUAAAUUCAAUAACAUUGAAUUAACUAGAGCUGUUAGUGUUUUUUAAUUUCAUACGUGAAAAAAUUGAAAUUGUUGUAAAUUAGAAAAAAUUCAAUCAAAAUCACGUUUAAAAUUUAAAAAUUUUUUAAAAUAAAACACACGCUAUUCGCAUUAUAGAUUUAUGCCAAAAAUUACAAUAACAAAAUCUGCAUUGUAUAAAAAAAACCGUUAGUUAACUUCGCUACAAAUAAUAAACGUCAAUAAAUUAAAUGUCAAACAAUUGAAGACAUAAAAACAAAAAGAGACAACAACAACAAAAAGCUACUUGGAGAUAUUUAGGAAAUCGAGUUUAGACUCAUUUUUGGCUAACAUUAUUCAUAAUCUGGUUUAUUAUUAUUAUAAUUAAGUGUAAUUCUUUAAAAAUAAAUUUAAACAAAAAAUCCAAAACUAAAAAGAAAAACUUGAAGUCAUUCAACUAACCCAACAAACGUACAAGGGAGGAGAGUCGUUGAAACAACAAAAUAAACCAAAACCAAGCCAACACUACCACCAACGAACCAUCAGCACCAUCAUCAUCAUCAUCGCUGAACAGUCUUUUAUAUUCGAUUUUUUGUUAAUAACUAAAAACAACACUAACACACGACUCACUCACUUACUAGCCAAGUUAAAAAAGCCACAACAACAACUUGUUGUUAACCAACUUUGCUUAAAAAAAAACGUUAAAAAAUACAAAAACUAGAGUUCUUCCUCUUCUUUAGAAACGCCAACAAAAGAAACUUCAAAUCCGAAAAGAAGCAAGAAAAAAAGCGAAAUUUUGUGCUAAAAAUAUCAUUUUUAUAUAAAAAACAUAAAACUACAACUACAGCAACAGCAACAAGAACAAAAUGGAUUACAUCGUAAAAGCAUAUAAAGAUUGGAAACUGCAUUCACAGUUCCAUGAAAUUGUUCCCGAUAUGGAUGAUGAAUUUAUGUUCAAUGAAAAACAAUCAAUACGCGAAUCUGCACGUUCUCUAAAGAAAUACGGCAGCACUUGCUGUAAUCAUCAGAUACGCAACAAUGAGACCCUGGUGCGACAUGAUGUCGAGAAAACCGACACAUUACAGGGCAUUGCUCUAAAAUAUGGUUGCACUACUGAACAAAUACGCCGAGCCAAUCGUUUAUUCGCCUCAGACAGUUUAUUUUUACGUCAAUUUUUAUUAGUACCCGUUGAGAAAUCUUCCCCCUAUUAUCCGAAUGCUUCAACUCUAACCACAAGUGAAAAUGAAAAUAAUUUACACAAUAUCAUGGAGAAUGUCGUUAUGAGCGGUGGAGAUCCUUUAAAUUGUACUUCAUCCUCAACAUUAUCCUCAGCAUCUGCCUCGUCGUCGUCCAUGUGUAGUGACAGUAAUCCACGUCCUGCCGCUUUACCCACCCGACCCUAUUCCAUAGCUGGUGAAUUAUUGGUACAGAACCAUGAAAAUGAAACCACAUUGAGCAAUUGCAAUAAUGGAAAUAAUAAACAGAGUAAAUCAUUGGAUUCGGUGGCAGCGGUUAUGACACCCGAGGAAGAAAGUCGACGCAGUAUAAAUGAGUUCUUAAGUAAAAUUGAUAAUACAAUUUCAGAGUCACGCAAAUAUGUGGAAAAAUCAAAAGAAACGAUCACUAAUCAGACUGAUGAUGAUUUAUUUGUUGCCACCGAUGUUGUGCCCCGUCGACGUAAUAACAAUUUAAAUAAUUCCUAUAAGAAACAACAAAAUCAACAGCCUCAUCACAUACGUCACAGUUCGACUGGCAGUAAUUCCGAUACCGCCCAAUUAUUAAAUACUACACAAUUAAGAAAAGUUCAAAACUCUUUAAAAAAGUUAGAGAAGCAACAAGAUGAUUUUUUUGAAUUGUAGCAUACUAGUUUAACUACUAAUAAGCACACAAUCAGUAAUACUAAUAUUAAUAAUAAUAACAAUAACAUAAUUAACAUAAACAACAACAAUACUGAAAUUUUAAUAUUGUAAUUUAAAUAUAAUUUUAAGAAUUUUAUUAUUUUAUUUAAUUAUACUUAAAACAUUUUUGUUCGUUUUUUUUAAACAACAUAAUCAUAAUCUUAAUAUUAAUUAAGUAGCUACAACAAUAACAAACAAAUAUUUAGCACCAUUUCACCUAAAAGAUUACUACUUAAGGAACACAAACAACACACACUCAAAACAGUUAAUUUUAUAAAUCGUUCGCAAUUGUAAAUAAUUCAAUCAAUGAUUUAUUUUAUAAAGUUCAAUAUUUUUUUGUAUAAUUUCUUUAUAUACGACUUGUUAUAAGUUGACUGUGUUCUUUAUUGUUAUGAUUUGGAAUUUUUGUUUUGAUUUGAUAUCGCAAAAAUAGAUUAUCAAAGGGGAAAUAUAAAUUAAAUAUAUGAUGGCAGUAUUUGUAUUUGUGGGUUAUAUAAAAAAGUAAAAUGUAUAAAAUAGCAAAAAAAAAAAAAAAUGAAUUAAAUAAAAGGUCUUCUUAUAUUAUUUAGCGAAAAAAUGUGAUGUAAA